AUGCGGUCCAACAACAUGCCAUCUCGGAUCGCCCUUUUCCACAUCCUCAUCUGGAUGCUCGCCAUCGCCUGCUCGUCACUGGCUCAGCUUGAAGAGCCGGUCGAGGCCGCCGAGCAGAUCAUUCAAUCUGCUAAUCCCAAACGCACCAGUAGUCUCGUCCGUCCGCUUAAAUCGGUCAAAAAGGCGCCCGCGAAGAUCGGACUGGGCGCCGACGACUUUCUGCGCUCGGGACUGAAGCGCAAGUCUGUCGCUGGAGUCUAUGGCACCACUGCGGCGGUCAGUCUCGGUGGCGCGGCAAUCUGGUAUCAGACGAUGAAUCUGAAGAGCAAGAACCGGGACGCUGCGACCAAGGCAGAGAAGGACAAGCGAAUCAAAGCCGCUAUCUGCGAAGCCCAACGUCGUCACGCAGCAGAGGGAGGGCAGGCUUCUUUCUUGCCCACGUCGCCGCUCGAGGCUCAAAACGUGCCUCCCCUACCCCUUCUCUCGGCCAUCUCCGGCGCCGAAGCGGACGACGACGUGUACGAUCAUACACAGAAGAACGGCAAUGCCCAUCCAUAUCCACCUUCGCGCGCAAUCUCGAAGCUGACCAAAAGGAUAAGCGAUGCGGCGCUCAACACGAUCGAGGACUACAACAAGAUGAUCGCGGCGUCGGAAGGCAUGGUCUCUGGCUCGAUCGCUGUUACUGCUGCACACCAAGCGAACGAUCGAAGCCUCAGAUCGUCGUCCGAGUUCAAGUGUUGA